AUGGAGUCUCCGCCGGCGUCACCAGCGCCGGAAGACGAAGCAUCUGAGGUGACACAAGCCCAUGAAGAAGACAGAGAUGCAGACCCAGAAGAAGAAGAAGAAGAAGAAGAUUACGAUGAAGAAGAGACGGCCAAAUCCCGAGACGGGACGAGGGCCAAGAAGGGUCCCGAUCUGAUGAGGAAAUACUGGAGCAAGGCCGACGAAUUGCGGCUCCUGAGGCGACUGCUCGAGUUCUCCGCGCGGAAGAAGGAGAACCCAGUCUACGAUUGGGGCGACAUCUACAAAUUCAUUAGCCGCGACCUCGAGAUCUUCUACACGAAGCAUCAGGUGAGGAAUAAAGUGUACACCUUGAAGAGCAAGUACAGGGACUGGGUCAGGCUGGGCAAGAAGAAGCAGGGCAUGUCCCCGGAUGAACUGGCCGCGUACAGAUUGUCGAGGAAACUGUGGCGCGACGAGGUGAAGGGCGAGUCGAGCGGGAGAAGUAAUGGCGAUGGUAAGGCUGAGAGGGGUGAUAGGACGGCUUUGGCUGCGCUGAAGGCGGAACUGCUCGUGUUCGACAGAAUGCCUGAAGGAAUGGGCUCUGGGUUCUUGAGCGAGGUUAAGAGGUUUGGUGCUGUUGGAGUCGAUGAGGAAUUUCUGAGGGCUGGGUUGGGCUUGAUCGAGAGGGAGAAAAGGGCCGAGCUGGAGGAGAGAUGGAGGAAGUUGCAAAUGGCUGAACUGGCAGCUCUGGCGGAGCGGGCUGAAUUGAUCGGUCUUGUGGCGGAGGCGAUUCUGGAGGCUUAUGAAUGA